CGUGUCAAUUUCGCUUGGUAGAUGUUCUCUUAGAUAUAAAAGUUUCUGUCGGAACUUUGCCUUCGGCAAGUAAGUUGAAGUACGUUCGGGUCUCAGUCAUGGGAAGCGGCAAGCGCUAGAAGCGUUGCGUGACAUACAAUUAUUUGUAAUGCAGUUCAAAAACAGUUGUAUGAAAUAGGACCUCAGUUUUACUUAAUUGCGAGCGAUGUUUUUGGUAUGUUUUUUUUUUGUUUGUGGUUGUGUCAUAACUGCAACUUGAACAACAUUGUUUUGUUGUUAACAUGUCCCCCACUCGUACUCGUAGAUGGGGUGUGAUUGCUUUAAUUUUGUAUAAAUUUGCUGUGCCUCGAAAGUUAGACGGCAUGUUAUAAAAUAAAUCUUCAGAAAUGAUCAUUUGAUCUGCAAUAAACAAAUUGGGCGGGCAAUGAAGAAAAAGCUUUCGUUUCGUGAGGCCCCACUAAGGCUCCGUUAAGGGGGUCUAAGUAUUCCAAAACCCCUUAAUUUUUGGCCUGAAUAUCUCAUAUCCCAUUACACGUAAUUCAAGAUGCAGAAAUUGGGCGUUUUUCCCGCUGAAUAAUCCCGCUUUAUCUGACCAAGAUAUCCCAUAUUCCAUUAAUUUUUCCUUAAAAUAUCCUGUAUCUCGUUAUAUUUUCCCUAAAUAUCCUGUGUCUCAUACCCCUAAUAUGACCUCGUGUUUCCAUCUCUAAAACUUGGGUGACGAAGUUGUUUUACAUGUAACUCUACUUACUAUUUUGGUAAGUUAUGAAAAUUGUCUGAUAAAUCUUCAAAAUAGAUUUCAGGAGGAAGUAUCAGACAUUAACAUUGUACCGAAGGCUUGCCUCAAAAAUGUGGAACGUCUAAAAAGGUUCAAAAUACAAUCACAUGCAAUGUUACGUGCAUGGCGACUGUACCGUCCACCUCUCGACAUGCGAUGUAACCUGGCCUACGUCAAAAAUGUAAGCACAACUGAGACUCUACUUUUAGUCGUGAAAGAUGGAUUUAUUUGACAUGAAACUAAGGUUGGGAGUAACAAGAAAACACUGUGAGAGGUAAAGUGACUAUUUUGAAUGCUUCUAUCUUUCGAAUAUUAACUGAGCGGUAGCGGCGUAAUUCUACCGGAAGUCCCCAUUGAGAGCCGAUCGACUAGACCAAAAAUCGUUCGAAUUACCCCGUAAAUUAGGAAACAUACAAAGUCCACAAUCUUCUUCAUUCAUUUGAGGUCAGUAAUUGUCAUUUAUUUGUCAUUUGUUCCGCUAAUAACCGAAAAGAAUCGCCAGUAUCACAGUAAAACGGUCUUUCAGUCGUUCACGUAUCAUGUCGAAAGAUGUCGCCUAUGCACGUAACACUGAAAGCGGGUGUAGUACUCAAAGAAUCACCGCCUACGAUUACUUGAAAAAAAGCGCCGCCCCUGAGUACGCCGCCUUUACUGCAUCUCUGUUAAAAUGUAGAGCAUGCGUAUUCUUUCGGCACCGCUCUGCCUGUCAAUAUCUUUACUUUUGGGCAACCUCAAGUUCUCUGGCCCGCACAACCAUUGCUUGGCUAGAUGAUAUUAUGACUUGACCAGGCCGGAGCCUGGGUCAUGGGCUCCUGACUUGACUCGAACUACGCUGAGCAGGAUUAGAGGGACGGAAAAGCUUGAGUGGGGCCUAGAGAAUAGUUUUCUGAUGCCCCUGCCCAGUGCUAUUUCAGCUUGCGUAUAGACUAGUAUGAAAAGAAGACAAAUCACCCGUGAGCCAGGCGAGCGUUGAAAAACCGAUAAGAGUAUGAGAUCUAACAUGCAAUUGCAAAGGCAAGAUUUCUAUUUGAGAAGAAAACCAAGUGUAGUCUAGGCCACAAUUGGGUCAAAAAAAAAAAAAAAUGUUUGAACACCUCAGGGAGUUGUCUUUCACUUUUUAACAAAGAAUACGAUCGAAACCGUACACAAAGUUUUGUAUCGACUGCCCCAUAAAGGCGUCAGCUGGUAUUCAAGUAAACUUCGUGAUCAGUGGAAAAGUCAGUGCUUAACUGAAAAAGAAAAUAAAAAAAAGAUCAAGUACCUGAGACGAAUGCUGAACUGACCCAAACUGGAGAUUCGCAUGUGUUCUCCUGUUAAUAGCCUGCCACUAAUCCGCCUGUUCUGCAGGCUAUCUGCCAAAGGUUGGCUUCUAUAUAAACCGCUACGAUCGCUACAGGAACCUUUCUCAUAGCGAUCGAUCAUGACGAUGAUAUGUAAGCCAUAUCAAUGCAAAAAGUAUAUUAAAGGAUUCCGGCGAUAUCAAAAUUUUACCCUAGCGCUUUUCUGAACGGAAGUAUUAAAGACUGUCGAAAUGAAAUCUGUGACAUGUCUUCAGCUUUUCAGGUGACUUUUGUUUUAGCCUUCUUGCUGGUGGAAAAAUUAUGGUAAUGUUAGUGUAAAACAUAUUUUGUAGGGUGACCGUAUUUGCUAAGCAGCAGCGGCUAAUUGUCCUAUUCAUGUAUAUUGUGUUGCUAAUUGUAAGUCUCGUCAAUGCUUCAUAACUUUUUCAAAAGUAGAAAUUUCUACGCUGUAUAACUCGCUUUAUAAAUCUCAAAAUGACGAACUAAAACCUUGAUCCCAGGUUCAUCUAUAUUUGGAAAAAGGGUUUCACAUGGCUUGUACCUGUUGCGAAAAUAAAGCGCUUCGAUUUGAAUCGGCUUUUCGCCCUCACAACACGUGGACGGACCUUCGUCAAACCGCCUUCAGUUGAAGAAACUAUUUUGCUACACUAGCCAAUAGGAGCACGCUACCAGGAGCCUUAUCCAAUCAGCGAUGAAUAAUGAAUGAGAGUCAUCAGCCGUUCUAUUCAUUGACGGCACGGCCAAACACAAUACAUUCACCGUCCAAUAGUAUUUUACCCUUCAAUGGUGCACCUACACCUGUUCGCGAAACUGUCAAUUCGCAUAGCAAAUAAGUUGCCACUGUGAAUUUUCGAUCGUUUUGAUAAUUUUCCUCUGGGCUGAACCAUAACCAACCGGGGAAAUAGAAAAUGUCGAAGAGGAAACUCGACGAAGAAGAUUCGCUGAGUACAGCUAGUUCUGACAGCGCCGACAGCUUGGGAAACGUAGAAGACUAUCAGAGGGCCAAACGAAAUCGACGAGUCCGGUUUAGCGAGAGGACGGUGUUCCACUUUCCUCGUACCCAAGGUUAUACGUGUGUGCCUUCAAACGGAGGAACAACGCUUGGCAUGAAACAUAAACACGCUUUCGUCGAAAGAACGCUUAUAUCGGACGAAGAUCUAAGCGAAAGCGACACCGAGGAUUCUUACGAUAGCGCUGACAGCGAAGACAGCCAUUGCUUCAUGCCAAUUCCACAAAAAGAUCGCAAGGACAUUUUGAAAGCGGCCGGCGUUAAGAAAAUCAACAAACAAGAAGCAAUUGAGUGUAUGCAAAUUAGAUAUUCGCGACAAAUUUGCGGAUGUUCUUGCAAGGAGUUCUGCGAGCCGGAAUCAUGUAGCUGUCAACUGAAUGGAAUAAACUGUCAAGUUGAUCGAGAUAGUUUUCCCUGUGGCUGUACUCGCCAAGGAUGUCAAAACCCAAACGGACGCCACGAAUACGACCCGAUUACCGUACGCCGUCAUUUCAUUGAAACAUUGUUGAAAUUACGAGGAGAGAAAUAUCUAUGGCAUGAAAAUACAGCCGAUCAAGAACAUUCGCCCGAUCUGCAGGAUCCUGACCAGGUUAUAAGCUUUACCACAAUUUCAUAGCGCGCGGAGCAUUUGUGAAGUUUACUCCCUACCUCUAGACAGACGAUAACAGGAUCGACUGUUAGUGCUGUGUUAGCGGUAAUUCACUGUGUUGUACAGUGAAAACAGAAUUACGAAAAGACUUAAAGCGUGCAGAAGUAGUGGUUUAUUGAAAUAUUGUGAUUUAUAAUUAUAAAACCAAACGUGUGCAAAUCUGGCGAAGAAUAAAACUUAUAUAUAUUUUGUAUUGCAAGUGGAAUCACUAAACCUUUGUGUUGCACUUCUCGCACAUCGGCGACGCUGUUUUGAAGUAACUGCGUUUGGUAAGACGACAAAAAAAGCACCUUAUGUGUAGCAUUUAUGAACAACAGUGUCGCUUUUUUACUUAAGUGUAAAUGAAUUCUACGGCGGCCGAAAACUCGAAGUCGAUCGUGAAAAUUGACCGGCGUCGAAGCAGUCAUUGCCGAUAUUAAGCGUAGUCGCGAGUUUAAUUUAUCAUCUUUAUUUGUACGGAGUAUGUUGUGCUACAAAGCCAGAAAUAUUCUUUACAUGAUCUAUAAUUUGUUCAAUUAACUAUAUUGCCGCGGUAGAAAUUUCGGACCAAUAUUCAAACUUACGGUGAUUUUUAUGACACGCGACCUGUUAAAGUCGCUAUGAAUGAUCUUGUGAUAGUAAUAAUUGCUUCACGGUGACUUUUACUUUACCACAGGACGCUUUUUUAAUGUAUCAAGGACUCGAUUUCGAGACUGAUUUCAAAUCGAAACAACAUCAAUCACUUCGCAUUUUUCUAAAAAAAACCGUGUUUUGGUGUUAUAAAUGUUUGACCAGGACUCCCGUUGGCUAAAACAAUAAGAAUGAACGUGUGCAAAACAGUAAAAUGCAAAUGAACAUAUGAUUCUGAAUAUGAAAGGAAACAAAAUACAUAUUAAGGCAGCGUGAAUUUCCGGUCGCCGCCUGAGAUCUAAGGGAGGUCAAAGAAUUUGCAGUCCAGGAGCCUUACAAUAACUAGACAACGAGUUGCUUCUAGAUAUUAGCUAAGAAGGAUAUUUGUUAAAAGUUUCAAAUUAACCACAGAGUCGAUAGAGUUUCUCUCGGUUACAUUUUGCGCCUCGAGCAGCUCUUACGCUUCGCUGGUGCUGUCCAAACUUCCCGGGUGCAUCCAUAACUCGAUAUACGCACGCUAAGCACGAACCAAUUCUUCAUUAGCCGCCCAACAUGCGGACUGUUAUCAAAUAAAAUUCGUUAUUUUAGUGUUUCGUAAUUCUGGUCAGAGUUCAAUGAUAUCUUCGUCAAAUUGUAUGUGUAGUUGUACUUGCGGACUUUGCAACCUUGACCGUCUUUGUCAUACGAACGAUACAGAUUAUUUCUCAACAAUGCCCAGUAUAGCGACAACUUCCUUUGUUUCACCAAAAUGUCGAGACUACCACCAAGAUUUGAUUUGUCUAGGUCAAUAGUGAAAUGCAAACAGAAGAUUCUGUUCAGCCAUGUUAAGGACAUUCAAAACUUUGAAUUACUCUCUAUUUCUCUUCAUUUGGCUGAGUAACGCAAAGGUAACCUCAUUAGAGGUGGUGUAGUCGUGUUCCGAUGAACACAAUAGAUAAGUAAAGAGCGUGGAUGGGUAAUGCCUCGUCCACACUACGCUGGAAGAGUUUGAAAUCGGAGGUUCCGCCCUGAAAACGCAUCAAAUGUUUUUCAUCCACACUACGCUGGAGGAAUUUGAAAACGCAACAAUCACCAGUCAUUUUGGAUUUGUGUUUGAGGAAAACUCGUUCAGUGAACUCAACGUCUUGUUCGUCAUUUCCGCCACUUCUUUUAGU